AUGAAGUGGUCUAUUAUUCAUUUCCUGGCUUUCCUGGCUUUCUUGGCCACCUACAUUCAUGCCGCGCCUGUCGGCACCGAAGCGGCUGCUCCCAAGCCAGUAGCCGAGCGCUACUUCGAGGACCAAUGCAGCGAUUUCCAGCGCGCACAGAUUCAAACGGCACAAGGCCAGUGCGUGAAACUAGCAUUGCGCGCUGCCAAAGCCGCAUAUGAAGACUCCAGGUUCCCGGCCUACUUCCACUCGGAUUCGUCAGACAUCAGGGCGAAGGUUGCUUCCCGUUUCCACGCAAUAGCAAAGGAAUGCACCAAGCCACGCUUGGGUUACCACUGUUCUUACGAACCCGACCAGUGUAAGCCCGGUGAAGUGGCAUUCUAUACAAGUGAGGACGACUUCGGCGUGACAUUCUGCCAAUCCUUCUAUGGCAUGCCGCUAGUGAACCCGAAGCCGACAGGUCAAGGCGGGGACCGGGGCACCGUGAUUCUACACGAGUUAACGCACAGUCCUGUGAUAUAUCAUCCUGGCACGCACGAUUUGGAAUAUGGCUUCCAUAACACGACGGAGCGAGUAAAGACGACCGAGGCGGCGCUGGACAAUGCAGAUUCUUUCGUGUUGUUCGCACAGGAGCUUGGCGUUCAGCUCACUGCCGCGGGUAACUCCGCCGUCAAGGUCGUAGUGACGAACAACGGCGAUAUGGCUUUGAACCUUCUCAGGAGAGCCACUCUCUUCGAUGAGAAGCUACCCGUCGAGCGCAUCUCGAUGUUCGCUAGCAACAGUUCUAUCAAGGUUCCUUUCGAAGGCAUCAGCGGGGUUUACCUUGAUACCGACAACCUAUCCACAGACGACUUCCUUGUUCUUGAAGCUGGAGACAAGAAAGAGUUGACGAUUGAAGCUGCCUCUCUACACGAUCUCAGCAACGGCGGAAGCUUUGAUGUGUUCGCGAACGGCAUGCUGCAAUACGCCAACACCAACUCGACCGAGCUUGUUGGCCAUCUCCAAUACAGCUCCAACAAGCUCAGCAUCACUGUCAACGGUACCGAAGCGGCUACUCACAAGCCAGUAGCCGAACGUUGGGCAGAUCCCUACUUUUGCCGACGCUUCAUAGCUUUCAUGAAUGAUCAAAUCGCCGAGGCACAAAAGAAUUGUCAAAAGCUAGCAUUGGGAGCUGCAGCUGCAGCUCGAGCCGGCCACCGCCAUCUCGAAACCUUCUUCCACUCGCGAACACAAGCUACGAAAGAUGCGGUUUCUGCCCGAUACACCGCAAUAGCGCAAGAAUGCGCUAAUCCUAGUGCAAGCUUGAAUCUCUACUGUCAUGACCGUAUCGGCAAUUGUAACGGUAAUCUUGCAUACUACGCCCGGCUUGGUCUCGGCAUCACGUUCUGCGCUGAUUACUGGGACCUGCCGGCAGUAGCGAAAGGGCAAUGUUCAGCCAAGGAUCAGGGCACUGUACUUCUGCACGAGAUGACGCAUUCUUCAGAGGUGUAUAGCCCUGGUACCAAGGACUGGGCUUAUGACUACUGGCCUUCCGUUAAGCUGUCUUCCAGGAAGGCACUGAACAACGCAGAUUCGUUCAAGCUGUUUGCAAACCCCGAGUCUCAAACACUGGCGCUAGGGAAGAUGUAG